CCUAGGCAGAGUGACCUCUGGGCUCCCAGAAGAGCUAGUGUGGGCAUUUUUGAAGUGAAAGAGCUCAGUCUGAGACUCGUCGGGCAUUACCAUCAUGAGCACACAGAGACCCACUGCUACUUCUUGCCUACCAGGGAUGGCUCUGAGCACUCGAGCGCACGCCUUCUCGGUGGAGGCCUUGGUGGGGAGACCCAGCAAAAGAAAAUCUCAAGACUCAAGAGAGGAGAUGCAGCCUGGGCUGCAGGAAGAGCGGUACAUACAGAAAGAGGAGGAGGUACCUAGCAGCGCUUCUGGGGACUGCAAGCAGCCGGAAAAGCGACCCAAGGCAGAAUCUUCAAAAACUGCUUUCUCCUCCUGCUCUGGCGGCGAGAGCAACAGCCAGGAAAGUCCGCAAGAAAAAAAUACUAUCCAAGUGGAGCUUCAGGGAUCCGACCUAUGGAAGAGAUUCCACGACAUCGGGACUGAGAUGAUCAUUACCAAGGCCGGCAGGCGUAUGUUUCCUUCUGUUCGGAUCAAGGUGAAAGGGAUGGACCCAGUGAAGCAAUACUAUGUGAUUUUGGAUGUGGAACCAGUGGAUUCCAAACGUUAUAGGUAUGUGUAUCACAGCUCACAGUGGAUGGUUGCUGGGAAUACUGACCAUUCGUGCAUCACUCCCCGAUUCUACGUCCAUCCGGACUCCCCUUGCUCAGGAGAAAUCUGGAUGCGUCAAAUCAUUUCCUUUGAUCGAGUGAAACUCACCAAUAAUGAGAUGGAUGACAAGGGCCAUAUCAUUCUGCAGUCCAUGCAUAAGUACAAACCCCGUGUGCACGUGAUGGAGCAGGACUGUAGGAUUGACCUGUCCUUGAUUCAGUCCCUUCCUACUGAAGGAAUUAAAACAUUCUCGUUUGAAGAAACUGAAUUCACUACAGUGACAGCUUACCAAAACCAGCAGAUUACAAAACUGAAAAUAGACAGGAAUCCUUUUGCCAAAGGAUUUAGAGAUCCUGGGAGAAACCGGGGUGUAUUGGAUGGGUUUUUAGAGACCUACUCCUGGAGGCCUUCCUUCACUAUGGAUUUUAAAACCUUUGUUGCCGACACACAAAGUGGAAGCAGUGGUUCAUCUCCAGCGACCUCUAGUGGAGGAGCUCCCUCUCCUCUGAACACCUUACUUUCUCCUUCUGGUUCUCCACCUACACCUUCGUUUCACAUACCUCCAGGCUCCUUUGGAAUGACCUAUCCAGAGACAUACCUGCACAAUAUAAACCUGCCCUUCUGUUACAAGAUUUGUCCAACUAAUUUUUGGCGACCACAACAUUUUGUCUUACCUACUCCGGAAAGGCUACCAAGCUUCAACAGUUCUCAGUCUUUACCCCCACUCAUGAUGGAAGUGCCCAUGGGAUCAUCCAGGGGCAUCAUCAAUUCAAACAGUGGGUUACAUGAAGACUGCAAUGGGCAGUGUCUACAAGCAUCUCAUUCUGCCAAUCAAAUUUUAUAUGGAUUACAGAAUCCUGGAAACAUUUUCCAGCCAAACCCCAUUGCCCAAGAAACACUCAGUUGCCCUUUUCAUCCUCCCCAUGGCUGUUAUAGGAACAACUUCUCCAUGCCAUCUAGACUCGAAAAUGCUACCAACCAUCUCAGUGAAAAUGACAACAAUCAGAUUUCUAAUUCACAUUGGUAUCCAGCAGUCAACCAUUGCCUUUAAUGGGACAACAAUCACAUUUUAAGACACUUACAUUGUGUUUUGAAAAUGAAGAGGCUUCUUCAAAGCUCCCAAGCUGUGGAGAGAUGUUUCACACUGCUUUCAGGCAUGAGUUCUCCAUAUGGGCUGAGAAUGGACAUGAUUUCAUUCUUCUGUGAGGUUGAAGUAUGUCUGUGGCAGGAAAAGAAAUGAGCUAUUAGUCUCGGCAAGUGAUGACUCAGUGAAUAAUGAGUCUUUGAAGCAUCUGCAUCUUAUGUGCUGACAACAUGACAAGGGUGCCAACAAUGCACAAAGACAAGCAUCUGCACUGGACAUUAUGAAAGACUUUCCUUAAGUUCUCCUAACCGUUUCUAUUUUGCACCUUGGGGAAAAUUAAGGCACACAAAGCAAGUACAAAGGUAGCCAGAAUGUAGCUUAAAUAAAUGAGCUGUUUAAAUACUAAAACAUAUUUUGCAAAAGUUUAUAUGCAUGCUAACUUUUAGUAUGUUCCAAGUAAUAGAAUGUAUGUGUGUGUGUGUGUGUGUGUGUGUGUGUGAGAGAGAGAGAGAGAGAGAGAGAGAGAGA